AUGCUGUGCUUUCUCCUUCUGCUCAUCGGGCUCAUCGAGAUCCAGACAGACCAUGAUUCUCAACGACUACGUGUGCAAAUUACAAUUCCAGAGAAAAUACGGUCACUAACAAGUGAAGGAGUUGAAUCACAUGUGUCCUACAACAUUUUAAUUGAAGGGAAAACAUACACUGUAAACUUAAUGCAAAAAGCUUUUUUACCCCAUAAUUUUAGAGUUUAUGGUUAUAAAAGCACAGGAAGUAUGAAACCUUUUGAACAUCAGUUUCAGAAUUCUUGCUACUACCAAGGGUAUAUUGAAGGUUAUCCAAAUUCUAUGGCUAUCCUUAGCACAUGCACUGGACUCAGGGGCAUACUACAGUUUGAAAAUGUAAGUUAUGGAAUUGAGCCUUUGGAGCCUUCCAUUGGUUUUGAACAUGUGAUUUAUCAAGUAAAACUUAAGAAUACAGGUUCUUCUUUAUUUGCUGAGGAGGAUAUUGAGCCAAUGGAAAUGCCCUAUAAAAUACAAACUAUAGAGCCACUUACAGAUUUCUCUCAAUAUAUAGAAAUGCAUGUUAUAGUUGAAAAAAAUUUGUAUAAUCAUAUGGGUUCUGAUACAGCUGUUGUCACUCAAAAAAUUUUCCAGUUAAUUGGAUUGACUAAUGCUAUUUUUACUUCGUUUAACAUUACAAUAAUUCUAUCUUCAUUGGAGCUUUGGAUGGAUGAAAAUAAAAUUCCAGUAACUGGAGAUGCUAAUGAAUUAUUACACAGGUUUCUAAAAUGGAAAAGAUCUUAUCUUGUUUUACGUCCACAUGAUAUGGCAUUUUUACUUGUUUACAGAGAAAAAUCAAAUUAUGUUGGUGCAACCUUUCAAGGGAAGAUGUGUGAGAGCCAAUAUGGAGGAGGUAUUGCUCUGCAUCCUAGAACCAUAAGUCUGGAAUCACUUGCAGUUAUUAUUGCUCAGUUACUGAGCCUUAGUAUGGGAAUAGCUUAUGAUGAUAUUAACAAAUGCCAGUGUCCAGGAGCUGUCUGCAUAAUGAACCCAGAAGCAAUUCAUUCCAGUGGUGUGAAGAUUUUUAGUAACUGCAGCAUGGAAGAUUUUGCACAUUUUAUUUCAAAGCCAAAAUCCCAGUGUCUUCAAAAUCAGCCACGUUUAGAUCCAUCAUAUAAAGCUGCGGUUUGUGGUAAUAAACAAGUGGAAGAAGGAGAACAAUGUGACUGUGGGACUCAGGAGGAAUGUGAAGCUCUGCCAGACACAUGCUGUGGUAGUACUGCAUGUGUACUAAAACAAGGUAACACUUGUGAUAGUGGAGACUGCUGUGAACAUUGUCAAUUCAAAGCAAAAGGAGACACAUGCAGAGCUUCCUUGGAUGAAUGUGAUCUCCCUGAAUUUUGCAAUGGAUCAUCUGCAUCAUGUCAAGAUAAUGUUUUUAUUCAUAAUGGUUAUCCAUGUGGAGAAAAGCAAUGGCUCUGUCUGGAUGGUUCGUGUGUGAGUGGGAAAAAGCAAUGUGUAGAGAUAUUUGGUGAAGGUACAACCGUGGGUUCUCAAGAGUGUUUUGAAUACCUUAAUUCUAUAACUGAUCGAUCUGGAAACUGUGGUUCAAGUCCUUCAGGAUACAAAAUGUGUAACGCUAAGGAUCGGCUGUGUGGAAAAUUAAUAUGUAAAUAUGAAAGAGAACAUUUAAUUGAUAUUCCAGAUACCACUAUUUUCUAUUCUAACAUAAAUGGACAAAUCUGCGUCUCAGUGGAGUAUUCAUCUAGUCACGCGGAUAAUUCAAAAAUGUGGAUAAAAGAUGGAACAGUUUGUGGUGAAAAUAAGGUGUGCAAGAAUAAGGAAUGUAUAGAGAAUACUGAGAUUGUUUAUAACUGUCCUUCAUCAAAAUGCAACAAUCAGGGUGUGUGUAAUAAUAAAGAUAACUGUCACUGUAAACCCAGAUAUUUACCUCCAAACUGCAAUACUGAAGAUGAAUCUUUUCCUGGUGGGAGCAUUGACAGUGGCAAUUUUCCACCUGCAGGAGCACGAAAUCCUGAAAAGAUCUAUAUUGAGAAUGUUUAUCAUUCCAAACCUACAAGAUGGCCAGUUUUCCUACUCAUUCCAUUUUUCAUUAUUCUCUGUGUAAUGAUUGCAACCCUGGUAAAAGUUUAUUUCCAAAGAAAAAAAUGGAAAACUGAGGAGUAUACAAGCGAUGAGCAACUUGAAAGUGAGAGUGAAACCAAAGAGUAG